AUGGCUGCUGUUAGAGAUUACAAGACUGCCUUGGAAUUCGCCAAGAGCUUACCAAGAUUAGAUGGUUUGUCUGUCCAGGAAUUGAUGGACUCCCAGAUUAGAGGUGGGUUGACCUACAACGAUUUCUUGGUCUUACCAGGUUUAGUCAAUUUCCCAUCCUCUGAGGUUACCUUGCAAACCAAGUUAACCAAGAGAAUCACAUUGAACACUCCUUUUGUUUCCUCUCCUAUGGACACUGUUACAGAGUCUGAAAUGGCCAUCUUUAUGGCUCUAUUGGGUGGUAUCGGUUUCAUUCACCAUAACUGUACUCCCGAGGACCAAGCUGACAUGGUUAGAAGAGUUAAGAACUACGAAAAUGGGUUCAUUAACAACCCUAUAGUAAUUUCCCCAACCACCACAGUUGGCAAAGCCAAGGCUAUGAAGGAGGAAUUCGGGUUUUCUGGAUUCCCUGUCACAGAAGAUGGUAAAAGAAACGGUAAGUUGAUGGGUAUCAUCACUUCUCGUGAUUUCCAAUUCAUUGAAGACAACUCUCUGCUUGUUCAAGAUGUUAUGACUAAGGACCCUGUUACCGGCGCUCAAGGUAUUACGUUAUCUCAAGGUAAUGAAAUUUUGAAGAACAUCAAAAAGGGUAAGCUAUUGAUCGUUGACGACAAGGGUCAUUUAGUUUCCAUGCUUUCCAGAACAGAUUUGAUGAAGAACCAAAAUUACCCAUUAGCUUCCAAGUCUGCCACCACAAAGCAAUUGCUAUGUGGUGCUGCUAUUGGUACCAUCGAAGCUGACAAGGAAAGAUUGACUUUAUUAGUCGAAGCUGGCUUAGAUGUUGUUAUCUUGGACUCUUCUCAAGGUAACUCUAUUUUCCAAUUGAACAUGAUCAAAUGGAUCAAAGAAACUUUCCCAGAUUUGGAAAUCAUUGCUGGUAAUGUUGCGACCAGAGAACAAGCUGCCAACUUGAUUGCUGCCGGUGCUGAUGGUUUGAGAAUUGGUAUGGGUUCCGGUUCCAUUUGUAUUACUCAAGAAGUUAUGGCUUGUGGUAGACCACAAGGUACAGCCGUUUACAAUGUUUGUGAAUUUGCUAACAAAUUCGGCGUUCCAUGUAUGGCUGAUGGUGGUGUUCAAAACAUCGGUCACAUCACCAAGGCUCUGGCUCUUGGAUCUUCUACUGUUAUGAUGGGUGGUAUGUUAGCCGGUACUACCGAAUCACCAGGUGAAUAUUUCUACCAAGAUGGUAAAAGAUUGAAGGCUUAUCGUGGUAUGGGUUCCAUUGAUGCCAUGCAAAAGACCGGUAAUAAGGGUAAUGCAUCCACUUCUCGUUACUUUUCUGAAUCAGACAGUGUGUUGGUUGCACAAGGUGUCUCUGGUGCUGUUGUUGACAAAGGUUCCAUCAAGAAAUUUAUUCCAUACUUGUUCAAUGGUUUACAACAUUCUUGUCAAGACAUUGGCUCUAAAUCUUUGACUUUAUUGAAAGAAAACGUCCAAAAAGGUGAAGUUAGAUUUGAAUUUAGAACCGCUUCUGCUCAAUUAGAAGGUGGUGUCAAUAAUUUACAUUCUUACGAAAAACGUUUACAUAACUAA